AUGGAUUUUUCACCUUUCAAUGCUCCAAAUUCUCAUCAAAACGACCAGUAUGAAUCCCCAAUGUCACUACCGCCAUCAGCAACACCACGAAGUGUUGCAACACGAGAUGAUGCACACGCUACAACAACGAACGAAAAUCGAUUCUAUCAUCGACCAUCCAUUGCUUCGAAAAAGAGCAUACCAGAAAUGGGUCCACCUUCAGCUGUACCAUCAUAUCAUCCUGGUUCAAUUGCGCCAGCUACUCCUCUAUCGGCAGCUACAGUGCCAUUUACACCACGUACUGUAGAUGCAUCAGGUGUUCAACCAAAUCUACAAAAUAUUGUAUCGACUGUUAAUCUUGGCUGUCCAUUGGAUUUAAAACGUAUUGCUCUACAAGCACGUAACGCCGAAUAUAAUCCUAAACGUUUUGCUGCUGUCAUCAUGCGUAUUCGUACUCCAAGAACAACAGCAUUGAUCUUUAGUUCAGGCAAAAUGGUUUGUACGGGCGCUAAAAGUGAAGAACAUUCGAUUCAAGCCGCAAGACGUUAUGCUCGUGUAAUUCAAAAACUUGGCUUUCCAGCAAAAUUUCUCGAUUUUAAAAUUCAAAAUAUGGUCGGUAGUGCAGACGUGCAUUUUAAAAUACGACUUGAAGCAUUACAAUUGAAACAUGACACGUAUUGCAGUUACGAACCUGAGCUGUUUCCUGGUCUGAUCUAUAGAAUUAUUAAGCCAAAAAUUGUUUUAUUAAUUUUCAAUUCCGGUAAAGUAGUAUUAACAGGCGCUAAACAACGCAGUGAAAUCGACGAAGCUUUCGACUUAAUAUAUCCUAUCUUAAAAGGCUUUCGUCGAGCUAAUUGA